AUGUCACCCGACAAGAGCACGACCGAGCUGGAUAGCCGGAAAGGCACAGGCAAAAACGCACCUCGGCGCGGUGACGAAAUGAACCGAGGUCCAUUCGGCCGCACUGUCAGCCUUGCAUGGGGACCGAUCGCAACAACACUACGUUUCCUAAGGAAGCAGAAGCAACCCUCACGUGCUCGGCGGACUCAUGAAAGCGAUCGGAAUCGAAUGCGUAUGCGCAACUAUCGCUAUCCCGAGAAGCCGGAGUCUGCGGACGCCUUGCUCGGAGGUCUACAGGGAGGACGAUUCGGGCCUGUCGGGCCAUCCCAUUUGGUCUGCCAAGACGAGGCGAUGAGCGCGGCUGUUGCGGGGCGCGUCUGUUCCGACCACGUUUGGUCGAGUCGUUGGACACGACGAUCGGAUUUGCUUGCGAAAGGUCGCAGAGCCCGCGCAAGCCAUGUCGAGACCCGACGGGGCCUUGCCGCCGUCCCCUCUCUCGCAGGCACUGCCGAGGGUGCCAUCGCCGUCGCAACCUCCCAGAGGGCCGCCCUCAAUGCCGCCAUCGAUGCCGCCGAACAUUACAUGAAGGCGCUGCGCCUCGCAGCCCCGGACGACAAGAAGCAUCUCGAUGCCAAAUGCAAGGAGCUCCUCACGCGCGCCGAAACCAUCAAGGCCGCCGCGGACUGGCAGGUCGCCGCCCGCCAAAAAGCGGUCCGCAGCCUGCGCCCCCCCACAUCCACGCGGAAGCUCACCACCCGUGAAGAGAUCAUCAUUCUCGAGGGCGCAAAACUCAAUGGCUUCAUCUUUCCACCGUGGGAUCGCCCGCCGGCAGCCGCAGAAUUCGCGACGUACGAUGACGGCCUGUUUACGGACACCCCAGAUCUACGUCUCUCUGACUGCCAGAGGGAAAUUUUUGCAGGAUGGAAAAGACCUGCGGAUCUUCUGCGUGCCAGACGUGCUGUCAUGCCGUUGCCGGAUGGAGGCACCAAGCCGGUCAUGUCGGUAGCAGGACUGACCGAUCUCGUUCAAGACGUCCUCACCGACUGCUCAGUAGUGGCGAGCCUCUGUGCGACUACUUCUCGAUCUGAGCGAGGCUUGGGCAAGCAUGCAUCGCCAGCCAUGUACCCGUGUGAAGGCGACUCAACGAACCCGACUCUGUGCCCGAUCGGGAAGUACGUCUUCUCUUUCUACUUUAACGGAGCAUUCAGGAAGGUUGUCAUAGAUGAUCGACUACCGUCCUCGAAAACAUCGCGGUCUUUGCACGUAAUUGACCGGAAUAACCCCAGCUUUCUAUGGCCAGCCCUUGUCGAGAAGGCCUACCUCAAAGUCCGCGGAGGUUACGAUUUUCCCGGCAGCAAUUCGGGUACGGACCUCUGGGUAUUGACCGGUUGGAUUCCAGAACAGGUCUUUCUACACAAUGAAGAUGCCACAUCCGACGAGAUCUGGGGCCGCCUCUACAAGGCGUUCUCCUACGGCGACGUUGUGUUGACCAUUGGCACUGGGAAACUGACAGAGUUGGAGCAAAAGGGCUUGGGUUUGGUGAGCGAACAUGACUAUGCUAUUCUGAACAUGAAAGAAGACGGUGGACGUCGCCAAUUCCUUCUGAAGAACCCAUGGGCGGGCGCAGAGCCUACUACAAGACAAGCCAGCCGAGACGAUCCACCAUCGCACCUCUCUCCGGGGACCUUUUGGAUGGACUGCGAGGAAGUCCUCCAAAACUUUGAAAACCUCUAUCUCAACUGGAACCCCGGACUGUUCAAGUAUCGGGAGGAUAUUCAUUUCACCUGGGACUUAUCUCCCGGGCGUGUCGUUGCGAAGAGCUUUGUCAAAAACCCCCAGUUCUCAGUUCACAACGAGUCCGGUGGAACUGUCUGGCUGCUGCUUGGGAAACAUUUCAAAACGGACCACCAUCGCCUCAUGAAGAACCCUGACCCCGAAAGUCGAGAAGUGGGCUUCAUCAGCAUUUACAUUUUUCAGGCUGAUGGCAAGCGAGUUUCUCUGAGCGAUGGAGCACUUUAUCGGGGGCCGUUUGUGGAUUCGCCCAACACCCUAAUGAGACUCGAGAUGCCACCAAAAACCACGUACACGGCCGUGAUCUCUGAGCAAUCAUUGCCUUCUUCGACCCAAAAUUUCACACUUUCUGCAUUUUCGACUUCCCACGUAAGUGUGGCUCGCUCACAGGACAGAUACAUGUGUUUGAAUAAAGCAGUUGGCUCCUGGACAUCCCUGACAGCUGGCGGUAAUGCCGAGUCAGCUCGGUACUCGUCCAACCCCCAGUUCAGCCUGCAAGUCUCGGAAAAAACCGACGUUUCAAUUCUUCUUGAGUCCGAAGAAGCUGAACUGGCGACCCAUGUGAAAUUAUUCUGGUCAAACGGGCAGCGCAUCGCGAGAGUGCGAAGCCGAGACAUCAUCGCCGACAGCGGAGAUUAUCGUCGCGGAUGCGCGCUGGCCGAGACGACAUCCCUCGAGAAGGGUAUCUAUACGAUCGUCUGCUCAACAUUCGCAUCGGACCAAGUGGGUCACUUCACGCUUUGGAUCUCAUCUGACAUCCCAUGCACGGUGCAACCACUGGCCUCCGAGUUUGCUGGUCGCCGCGUGGCUGUGUCUGACGUCGGCGUCCUCCAUCCUGGCAAAGAUCGGAUGUUGGCGUCCUUACAAACCUCUCGCCUGACGCGACUCAGGCUCAUUGCGAGAAACAAACUAUCGAAAAUAGGAUCUCGAUCGGUUGCGCCGUCACCAGUCUUGAUGACCGUGGAAUUGGGACAAGGUCCGUAUAAGGAAGUGCUAGCUGCCUCGGAAGAUGGAAGCCAUUGUGAUGCUGCAUCGGGGGUCCGCGUAGAUGAUUUUGAUCUAUCGCCGAACCUGGACUCUCGAGGCCAAGUAUGGAUUGUGAUCGAACGGAUUGGGGGCCCGGGAGGGCAAGUGGAAGACCACUUUGAAGUGGAGGCGCUGGCCGAGGAGCGUGUUGAGAUUGGAGAGUGGAUCGUCGAGGAUUGCUGA